AUGAUCAGCACGUCCUUUUUAUCUUCCUUUUCGAGCGUCAGUCCUGAACAGUAUGUAGCGCGGAAAAUAGUGUCACUCAGCGCUCGUCUUCGUAUUCUGCGGGAGCGAACCAUAAACUUCCAACAGCGUCACACCAGAAGAAGGUUUAAAGGACUGAGUCGCGAAAGGAGCAAAGCCGGUCGGGACCGCGUUACGGUCAUUCAUGAGAAGGGCAAGAGUUAUAAUGAUUAUAAUGGGGACUGCGAUCUCCCUCCCCCUCUGCCACCAAAGGAUGAUGUCGCUCCUUUGCCAUCAUGGGUGGUGAUACCUGUUCCGCUCUCCUCUACGCUCGUUCAAGAAGCGGUCGGUGAAACUAGUGGAUCUGUCGGACCGGCUCCUGUACUUGACGAGACGGCCCAUUGCGAGAGUGAAGCCUGCCCAUCGACACCCAAUCUUCCAACUCCCUCACUUGAACUCCAGCAUGAUACCGACCUUAGCCCACGUUCGAUCGAUCAUAUUGUAACCGAGAUAGAUGAAAGUACCGCUGCCAAAGCAGCGGAGCAUAAUCCGGCGCAGGAUGUGGAGACCGUGACGAUAUCGAGCGCCGUUAACGCAAUCGCAAUACUGUCUGACCACAAUGCGGCUAAGGUCGUGGACUCCUACCCGACGCAUGUGUCAGUCAAGACGCUUGUACAAAAGUUUUCUUUGUCGUCUUCUACUACUGUGGAUAACAUGCCAUCCCGUGUACCGCCAGCGGACAGCGUUCUGACCGGCAUUGACACGCGGUCUGAGGAUGAAUGUCCGCUCCCUGUAGUCGAGACAGUCUCCGUCCCAGCGUCAAUUGAAAUGUACCACGCGGACGUGACGUUGGCGCAAAAUACACAGUCUGAAUCAACGGUCGUGACUCCUCUAGAAGCCGCAGUCCCGCAAGAGGUGCUGCCUUCUGUCACUCAUGUGCCGCCUUUACAAACAGUGGAGGAUAAUUCAUCCAUCGAUUUCGGCGUUGCAUCCAACAGUAAAGCGACAAAUCUUGAAGACCAUGACGUCGACGCUGGUUUGAGCAGUGCGGAAAGUCCGGAAUCAAACAUUUCAAUGUCUUUUCUCCAGUCCGGGAAUGAUGAAGUUCCACGACACCCUGCUCUCGCGACACACGUCGAUGGCUCCAACAACCAUGUUGAAGAGCUGUCGCUUUCCCUUCCCAACGCCACCAAAAACGUCUCCACUUCACCUACACCUGAUGUUCAGUCACGUCCACGCAGUCCUGCAGGGCAGAUAGCACCAGGAGAAAUUGAACCCAUUCCUGUCUCCUCUCCGGAGGACUCAAACCCUCUGGUGAAACCACAAAAUGACAAUGUAACAUCGGAAGGAGCACACUCAAGUCUGCCACAAGAAGCCAUCAAGCCAUCUCGGCCGCACCCAGACUCUGGCAUUGCUCUGACCGAUACAGCCUCUUUAGACACAAUGGCCAGAGUUGACUGGGAGGAUGAUAGGUAUUCUCGACCGUCUUUUGCUCAAUUUGCUGGCAUUUUCAAUGGGAAAUUUGCCGUGCGGUCGAAAUCUCAAACCUCCCAGGGCAGCAGCGCUGAAGAACAUGGGUCACCAAAGACUGCCUUGGGUGAGGGCCAGCUUGGCUUAAAAUCUAAUGAGAAGAUCAACAAAAUGAUCUCUGAAGGGAGCAAACUACCUCGACGGUCUCUACAACUUGCGACCAGAGUGUUCUCUGAAAAAAUUCCCGACCUUGCCAACAUGCGAUCUCGUUCAUCCGAUACGGUCCCCAGCCAACGCCCACUGGACGACAGAGUUAUAGAGAGGGUGAGAAGGUCGAAGACAUCGCUACAUACCUUGUUGAAGAGUGCUAUGGACGCUUCAAAAGCUGCUGGGUCUAUUACACGCAGAAAAGAAGCUGGUAUAAUCGUUCCAGAGACGAAGAAACAGGACAUGAUGAACCAAACGCAUCACAAUGAGGAUUCUGUGGUUAAAGACGAUUCAUGUUCGUUUGUUGUCCAAAACACGACGGAAGCGGGUACGGUCUCCAAAGCACCUCCCAGUAACGACGCUCAAACGGCCAACGGAUAUCCGUCUGAAGCCUCAGAUGGUCUGACACUGACACCAAAACGCCCUAAUUCGACGUUGCGUCGAAGUACAAGGUCCAUCUCCGAGAUCGCGGUAUCGGACAUCCAAGUACGGGAAUCCAACAACGAGUUGGAAGGUUGCACUAUGGUCGUGGAAACGGCGGCGCCCGAUACAUACGCAGUGGACGAAAUGACGUGUGAUAGCAUUGAAAAUGAUAUUACCCCCGUGCAGGCUUGUACUGCAGAUGCCUCGAUCACCGUGGAGGCGCCAGCCGACAACGUUCAGGAUGUGCCAGAAUUGGACAAUUCACAACCUUCCAUACCGUCAACGAAUUGUGUCGCACACAUAGAUGACGAUGUCGAUCAUAUUUCCCCUGUGGUUAUGAUGGAUGGCUGUGAAGAGCAGGCGAAUGACGUUGACGACACGAAGGCACCUCGACCCGAAGAUGACAAUACAGAGAACAAUAAGAUCCCUGCAUUGCAACUGCUUGCUUCCGACAAGACCUCACCCAGUGAGGUUACGCACCGCCCAGGGUCAAGUUGUGCCCGAUGCGCAGAGAAAGAGAUAUCGGCCACGGCCAAUCUGGAUGCGACUCGCCAAAAGCGAAAGCGUAACCGAUUUUCGCGGCAAUCAUUGAACAGUCUCCUGACGCACCUGACCGACGCAUUUGCCAAACGUGAUGAGAAAGUAAAGCUUGAUCCACAGACGCCAGAAGCGCUGCCUUCUGACACCCAUGACCGUGAGAACACUACGCCAGCGAUGCAACCGCCGUCGAUACAGGAGGCGACAACGUUACCGGUUAGCAUAUCAGAAAAGGAUACUCAAGAACUGGCAAGCCGCAGACCAGAAGACAUCAUUCCACCCAAGCAUGCAGACGAUUGCACUCUGGAGAAAUUCGACAAGGCCACCGAAGCGCACACGAACGCCAUUGCAGAAUCAACCAUGGUUGCCGCUAACAUCCAAACCGUGGCCACGAUGGUGCUGUCUUCGAUGAGUGAGACAAAGAGUAUGCCUGAAGCGGUGCCUGCCUUAGCUGCUGAGGUGAAUCCUACCGCACAACCAGUCAAUUCAGCAGCACUAGACUCGACACUGUCCAUCUUGGAAACUCUCAGCAGACAAGUGACUGUUUUGCAACAAACUGUUGAAGAGCUGGCGGCUGCUAGAGCUCCUUCACGGGUAUCAUAUCAGGGCAGUGAAAGAUCGCAUUCAAUUCCUCCGCCGCCGCCGUCCAUAUCCGACGCACCCAGGAAAUCAAUCUGGCACCAACAGCGUUCUCAGAAGACAAACAUGAUAGACAGACUUCGGCGGUCAGUUGUGCGUCUCGGUUCCAAUGUAGGAAAGGAAAAGUCUGAACCUGAAGCGAAACCUGUCGUUGAAUCAACUCGGGUGGAUGCACCCCGGGGUUCCUUUCAAGGUGGAACCGAAGGCGAACCUGCCGUUCAAUCAACUCUGGUGGAUGCACCGCGGGGCUCCUUUCAAGGUGGAACUGAAGCGAAACCUGUCGUUCAGUCAACUUUAGUGGAUGCACCUCGGGGUUCCUUUCAAAGUGAAACUGAAGCGAAACGGGUCAUUCAUUCAACUCUAGUGGAUGCACCUCGGGGUUCCUUUCAAAGUGAAACUGAAGCGAAGCCUGUCAUUCAGUCACCUCUGGUGAAUGCACCGCGGGGUUCCUUUCAAGGCAUAUGCGUCAAAAUCGACGAAGGACGGUUGACUGAUGAGAUUUUCAUUGAACGUAAAUUAGCUGAUGAAUACAACUUCAAUGGAGUGGACGACAUAGUUCAGCCUUUAUCAGAAUUUUUACCAGAGAAAGAAACGGUUGAGCUAUCCAUUUCUGAUUCACAACCGGCUACCAGCUUCGAAGUGAGCAACAUGCCUGACAAUCUUGUAACGCCCUCGCAGCAUGAGCCUUUGCCGGAAGAGGCGGAUGAUUGCAGCAUUUUCCCCACGGAUUCCCAACCAAUGCAGACAUCAGUCAUCGGCCCACCUGAGCAAAAACGAUCAUCCCUACCAAGAAUGGCUUCGGCGCUUCUUAGACGCAAGCCGACUAAAUUUUCGGGCAAGCAAUUAAAGUUGCCUCAACAAGCCCUCGAAACCAUCGAUCAGCAGGUGGUAGUAAUCCCAACUCCUUUACCUGCAUCCCCCCAGCUAGAAUACCCGCCUGCGGACUUUGUCAGCUCCCGUCAGCUUUCGAAACCAGGAACAUCUUCCAUACGCUUGUUCACUAAGAAGGUGCCAUCAUCCACAGGACGGCGCGAUUGUAAUCGUAGUCGAUCUGUCGACGACCUUACAUGGAGAAGUCGUCUUACGGACCUGUUUGCCAAAGAACGUGAUCCAAUUUUGAAGGCAGUGGACCAGGCGUGGAUGAAUAUGACUAUCGAGGAUGAAGGACCUGACGUGGAAACGUCAAGGGUUCUGAGACGCGCACGAAGCGAGGAAUAUGGCAGGCUGCCUUCUCAUUCCACACGAAUGAAGACGCGAAAGAAUACUCCCCAGCUGAGGAAAAGCGUUCAGGCUCCCUCAGCGGUACGAUCAGAUGCCAAACCUCUACCAGAUCGCCCAAGCGAGCCACCAGAUGAAUAUUCCGAUAGAAAAGGAAAAGCUCUCACUGCUGAACCGGAUUCAUUCAUUCCGUCUUCACAGGCAGAAGUGCCCGCCGGAGCCCAUUCCUAUCGCCGCGAUCUUCGAGCAUUAUACUCGGUGGACUAUUGUCCUGCAGCUCCGAGCAAAGGAGUACCAGCUGGCACUGUAAUUUCGCUUCCCGGGGUCUACUUUGGCGAAAAUAUGUGA